CUCCCUUCCGGAAAAAGCUGAGAAAGGGACCAAAUUUGAAUCCCGUAGCCUAGCGAGGCUGGAUCUGGACGUCAACAGUUAUAGAGAAUGCCAAUCCGUGCCCACUGUACCAUCUGUUCUGACUUUUUUGACAAUGAGAGGGAUGUUGCAGCUAUUCACUGUGGACACACGUUCCACUACUUGUGCCUCAUUCAAUGGUUUGACACAGCACCAAGUCGGACUUGUCCACAAUGCAGAAUCCAGGUUGGCAAAAGACACAUCAUCAGCAAACUGUUCUUUGAUGUUGCCCUGGAGGAGCAGCCGACACUGGAUGCAGAAAGUCUACAGAAUGAAUUGGACAAGGUGAAAGCCCAAUUAUCCAUGAAAGAGAAGGAGAAAAGGGAUUGCCAAUCUAUUGUGAAUUCACUCAGGGAGACUUUGGAUGUACGUAAUGCCACCAUUGAAUCACUCCAGAAAGCUGCAUCUGAAAUGGAGAUGUUGUGUUCUACUCUCAAGAAACAAAUGAAGUACCUGGAACAGGAACAAGAGGAUGCAAAGAGUGCAAAAGAGGAGGCCCGAAGACUGAGAAAUAAACUGAAAACUAUGGAGAGGAUUGAGACAUUGUUACAUCGUCAGCGUCCCGAGGUGGAAGAGAUGAUCCGUGAAAUGGGAGCAGGGCAGGCAGCAGUGGAACAACUUGCAGUCUACUGCAUCUCACUGAAAAAAGAAUAUGAGAAUCUGAAGGAGUCUCGAAAAGCAUCAAAUGAUACAAAGGAGAAGUUAAGAAAGGAGUUGUUUUCUGCUAAUCACAAGCUACAGAAAACUGUUCUGGAGUUGGAGAAAACAGUAGAGGAAUUGAGAAGCACCCAGACAGACCUGAGAAAUGCAGAUAAAGAGAUCAUGAGUUUGAAAAAGAAGAUAGGAGUCCUGCAAGAUACCUUAAAAGUGCCAUCAUUAACGAGUGAAGCACUCAGCCGGCUUGUCUCUGAAAGCCCUGCUCCUCUGGAAUUGCUGAACCCAAAGCUCCAUCGGCCAGCUCACAGUGAUGAAAUAGACCUGAACGCUACCUUUGAUGUGGAAACACCAAAGCAUCAGCCUCAUAAGACAGCCUUUGCUCCUGCCAAAAAAAUCAAACUUGAUAAAAAGUUGGCACCUGUGACAAAUGUAUCAAGAGUUUUGAAAGAAGCAAUGGAGAAUGCAGGUGACACAGAGGAUGAACAUCUAGAAGACCUUUUACCUGCUUUCAUCCGAAACUCAGUUCUGUCAAAGAGGCCACCUGUAAACGGCAUGCUCAUGCCACAGAGGAACUCAGGAAUAGUGAGAACUGGAUAUGAUGGCUUAGGAGGCAGAACCAAGUUCAUUCAGCCUAGUAUCCUGGCAGAGAUUCGACCCCUUGCUGUGAAGACCAAGAAAAGAAGUGCUUCUAAGCAAGCUAUGACAACAUCUUCUGCUUCUGGCAUCAGUCAGACUAAACUAGACAACUUCCUUAAGUAAGCAUAGAUCUCUCAAGAUUAGACACAAAUCAUUGGAGGCCUGAGAUCAUCUUGUACAUCAGACAGAUGACAUGGUGACCCCCAAGGACAUGUCCACAGUGGAUGGCAGGGCUGCUGAGUUCCCUGUGGCUUUGUGUUCACCUGACUCUACAUGGAGAACUGGCUUUACUGAGCUGCUAGCUUUUAAGGGCGGAAGGAUUGAAAAGUAUUGGUUCUAGAAUACCUUCGGAUUUUGCUUCAUUGUAGGCUACUGCUCUGUAUUCUAGGCAUGAUAAAUUAUGGGUGUCUCAGCUCCUGAAACUUCGGUAAUAGCAUGGGCUGAAAAGUAACACCAUCUGAGGACCAUGGAUAGUUUGGAAAUACCCUAGCACUAAAGUGCACCUGCAACUAUUUUAGUAUCCACUGACACUUCUAUAUUAGGAGAGUAUUCUGUCUGCAACUCUCAGGUUGCGUUGGCCUGCAUUUUCCAUUUGAUUCUUGUCCUAAAUUAUUCUUAUCCUACAUUUUUCUACCUAAAACUGUAGCUAUAAGAUAGGUUCCAUUAUCCCAGAAUAUUUUCUUUCUUGCCUUCAAUAAGGGCUUAUGGAGCAUAAAGACAGACGUAUUUCAGAGUGAUUUAGGAUUUCCUUAGAAAAUAGAAACAUUUCAGAUAUCAUUCAGGAGUUGGAAGUAUUAAGCUCUUAGUAGUCAUUGCCAUAUCUUUGCUUAAACUUUGGGGCAAACUCACUUGUAAGCAUAAUGUUUGCAGUUAAAUCUCUCCAUAACAUGCAGUUCUUUUCUAUGUGAGGAAAUACUGCUUAUCUGAAGUAAUUCUUAACUACUUAAUUCUUCUUUGCAUUAAGAGACUAGCAUAAGAGUCUCUUAGCUUAGUUAGUCCAAUAUUUCAAAUCUUAGGGAAAUUUUGCACACACAAAAAAAGGAUUUUGCUCAGCAUGUCCCACCUUAACCCAAACUUAAAUUGCAGGCCGAGCUGUGGCACAGACUUACCAGAACCAUAAAGGAAAGGUUUAACAGAACUUGUGCUUGGAGCUCCUACCUGACCACGUGUACCUCAUAUUGAAUAA